AGUGGGCCGAGGUCGGAACCAAGACAAGCAAGGAUCCAUGCAGCGCAGGAUAUCGAUAUCGAGCAAGCGCUAGCGCUAGCAUAGCAGAGAGCUAGAGAGAAACACCGGGGGCGCGGGCGCCAAGCAAGCCAGUGAUUUCAACUGCAUUUGUAGCUGUAUCCAGUACGCCGCUAUGUGUCUGUGUUGCGAGAUCUACCACCAGGCCAAGACAAGUUCAGGACCAGGCAUCAGGACUUUCAAGAUCAAAACCAAUAAUAGCUUUUGUUUUCAAUCAUAUACCGUAUUUGAAUUCACAUCUACAGAUUUCAAAAUCUGUUCGACGGGGAGAGAAGGUGUGUCAUUUAAAGGCUUUAGUUAGGAUACUAAAUGGUGGAGUCCUUGUGUGGAUCAAGUUCAACUGAUGAACUUCAAGUCUCAAUACUUGGAGACUAAUAACCAACCUGCUAUUAACGCAGAGAAUGAUUUAGAAAUUAGACUUGGGCAACCAUCAUCGAUUAGAAAUGGAAGCUGCUCCAACUAUGUUUGCUCCGUUUGCUUCAAACGUAAAAAAGAAUCCCCCAGCACUCGACUUUGCUGGAACCAAAAUUGUGGAUGCUAUCCAGAAUAACUGGGUAUAUGAACAGAUCGUCCAAGUGAUACAAGCACAACCAAAUGGAAUCAAUGACAAGGGUUGGCAUGGUUUUACUCCCCUCCACCGAGCAGCGCUGCGAGGCGACCCUGCCAUCAUAACCCUUCUCUUAGAACACGGUGCUGAUGUGAACGCUCUCAAUGACUAUGGAGAAACACCCGUGAUGUACGCUUGCAAACGAGGCAACCCUAAGAACGUGAGCUUGCUUCUGGAUGCAGGUAGUCAGCUGGACGCAGAGGACCAUCAGGGACGUAAACCUGUACACCAUGCAGCAGCUGGGGGCAGUGUUCACACCUUGCAUUAUCUAGAACAGGUCCAUGGAGUUGCAUUUAAUGAGACAGACAAAAAUGGUCAAACACCUCUCCAUGUCACUUGUUAUCAAGGAUUUCAGGAUGCUGUCAAAUAUCUCUUAAGAAAAGGGCGAUCAGACGUCUUGUUACCAGACAUACAUGGGAACUUGCCGAUCCACAUUGCCUGCUUGAAUUCCCUCUCAGAGACAUGCUGGACUCUAUUAGAGAUGAGUUCAUGUCAGACCCUACUCAUCAAGAAUAGAAUAGGGAAGUCUCCCCUUGACGUCCUGCGAGAGGGCAGAUCUAUGCCACAUCAGUACUUAUUUAAAGAAAUGGAAUACUGGGCUCAAUCCAAAGCCCCUCACUUGCCUCCGAAGGGACCCCUCCUCUCUUGGUAUACCCUCUUAUUUGGACCCUUUAUAUAUUUCGCCACUAUCGUUGUCGUCGGAAGUCAUCUCAAGCAGUAUGCUGGUGUAGUGAUGGUGCUAUUCACAGCUAUUCUAGUCUUCCUAAUCAGCAACCAACAUCACAGAAUCUCGCAUAUUAGCAGAUGGGCCAAUCCAGUACAAGCAGGAGCGUUCUUUGCGGGGAUCACCCAUACAGCCAUCUGUUAUUUCUACAAAGUACUACCAGUGUUAUGGCCAGAUACCGUCUGCCUAUCGCUUCUAAUUCUAGUUCCUCUGGCCUUUGUGAUGCUCACACUUUAUGUCCGCCUUCUCACCAGCGAUCCUGGUACAUGCAAGACGUCGGAGCGGAACAGUCAAGACGGGUCGUUACUGACCAUAGAGGAUGUCGUCAAAGGAAGAUGCAAGAUGGACGUCUUCUGCGUGACGUGUGAGCUCAUACCAGCAGAGACGGUCAAGCAUUGCAAGAUGUGCAGACGAUGCGUGCGCAACUUUGACCACCAUUGUCAGUUCCUCCUCAGAUGCAUCGGCCAGCGCAACCACCGUUCUUUCGUCAUCUUCAUCCUCAUAACUACCCUCAUGCAUGUCACCUUUGUUAUCCAUGCUACCCAAUACCUCUUCCUGGUGCACAGGCAUCUGGAAUGGAUACCGUUUCUCAAAGCUCUUUUGAUAUACGAAGGCUGGGUUUGCCUCCUCAUGCUUAUGAACGGGGUAUCGUUCGUCGGGAAUCUCAACCUGUCGCGUUUCCAACUCCGGAUGAUGUCGUUUGGGUUGACGACUUUUGAUAUGAUACAGCGAUCCCGGCGGACGCGUUUCCGUCUGUCGACUGCGCACAUGAAAUGGAGCGUCAGGCUUAGGAACGUUCAAGCUUUUUUCAUGGGACAGCCUUUUGUUGCAAUCUACCAGGGAGGUCAAUCGGGGUCAUCUAGUGUGUAACCAUAGCAACCAUCAUCAUCAUAUCAUUCGACCUGUUGGUACGAAGCACUGUCGAUUGUGCCACCGAUGUGUGAGGAAUCUUGACCAUCAUUGCCUCUUCAUCAUCAACUGUGUGGGCGAAUGCAACCACCGGUCUUUCAUCAUCUUUCUCUUCCUCACAUCCAUCGCUCAUCUCGUGUUCGUCAUCCACGCCUACCUCUCUCUCGCCUCCCUGUACCCAGACGCUGACCUUUGGCCUCUCGUCGUAGAAGCAUUCUACGACCAGACCUGGGUCCUGAUUCUCGUCGUCCUCAACACAUAUUCUGUCAUUUGGGAGGCGUUCCUCAUACACUAUCAACUCAAAUACAUCUCUCGUGGUUUGACCACCGCGUACGACAUCUCACGGAGGAAUCCGAACUAUGCGCAGAUCAUGGACGUCUCGUUCCGCGACAGAUGUCGGAAUGUUAAGAACUUCUUUCUUGGACGGAGAACGCAUUCUGCCUUUGAGAUGCAUAAUUUGCGUAUGGUUUAGUAUUGUUCUAUGAAAACUAACGGUUGUGAUGCAACUAUUGUGAAGCGCUGCAUGUAGUGAAGAGAUCUAUUUCUACAUCCUGUAGUGCCCUCCCUGUAAAUAUCACUCUUCAGUACCAGUGUUGUGCACUUGUGUCAGCUUGUCUCGAUUUAGAAUUUACAUUCUGUCUAUGGAGAUCCCUGGUCCAUCAUAAAUUCAUUUCUCAGAAAUGAAAGGUAUAUUGGACAUACAUGUACUAUACUGUACAUACAUGUACGUAGGUAUAGCAUACAGUAAUUCUCAUGAAGUGGCUAACUUAGUGGGGGGGGGGUUAAUUUGGCUUACAUAUAGAUAACCCAGUGUGAUAAGUUUUAAUUUCAAAACAUUCAUACACAAUGACACCAUGAAGGUAUAGCUACAUGUAUGCAUUCCAAAAUUCAUGCAAUGAAUUUCAAAUUAAGUCUAAAAAAGAUCAAACCAUUUAGCAGUAUUUCCACCGGUACCAAAUAUUUUAACAUACCGGUAAUAUUGAUUCCUUUACUGCCAUGUAGGGUUCAGAAAAAAAAAUAAUCACAGAUUUCUUUUUGUGCAAUUGAGCUCCAAUUAUACAAAUUAUACUUCUAUUAUUAAAAAAAUUGUAUACAUGUAGGUGUGGGGUUGCAAUUUCUAUUGUUUUUCCUUUUCGCCUGUCUGUUUACACUAUCAACGCACAAAACCUCUAAAAACUUUGAAUUUGGCAAAGUUUUGAAUAAUGGAAGCCUGUAGGUGUUAUGAUAUAAUACAUAUCUAAUAAUGAUUGCGCAAAAAAAAAAACAUUUUCAAUUUUCUGAGAAAAAGAGCAUUCUAUGGAAUAUCACAGAGCUGCUAACCAGUAGGUUUUUGGCGUAUUUAGUACGUUUUUGCAACCAAAAUACGACAGUACGUUUUUUCUUUAAAAAAUACGAUUUUGUAUUUUUACAAUAUCGUAAUUUGUUGAGAAAAAUCAUCCCAUUAUGUCUCUAUUUCAUAAUACUCACAAAUAUAGUUAUUGGAUCAAUGUAAUUUCAGGUACAUGUAACUUGUUUUUUUUUCAAUCAUUUUGUUAAAAUCAGGGUGAGAUAUACACAUGUUUCAAUAUUUAAAAAAAAUAUAUACAAAAUUGUUAUUUAUUGAGAAAUAUCUCUAUAUGUCUCUACUUUAUAAAACUUUCACAAAUAUGGUUAUUGGAUUAAUGUCAUUUCAGGUAACUUUUUUUUAAUCAUUUGAUUUUGUUAAAAAACUAGGGUGAGAUAUACACAUGUUUCAAUGUUUUUUUUUCAUCUGCAUGAGCAGUGCGCAUUUUAGCUGGCAUGCAGCUUGAGUGCCGCGAUGAGCAUCUUAUUAUGAAAUACAGUUUUUUUAUCCCAGAAUACAAUUUUUCAUUCCUAGAGGUUGGCAGAUCUGAUAUCAUAUGAUUCAAUGGGGGAGCAGCGUACAUGUGACAAAAUUAAAACUUAAAAUUCUAUAACUUUAAUUAUUCUUUGACAAAUUUCUGCCAAACUUUCUGUUUUUCUGCUUUUAUUAAAACCAAUCAUACUUUGGUUUUUACUUUUCGUUAGAUAAUAGGUCUCUAGUAGGAAAAGGUAUGGUAGUGGAUCAUAUUACCAAACACUUUUCAUGAAUUCAAUCAGAUCAAGCACAUUAUUCUCAUAAAAUUCAAAGUUUAACUAUAAAUACACAAAUACCUACAAAAUAUAAAUAUGUAAAAAUUUUGUUGAAUUUGUUUUUUUAUGAUAUCAGCUUCCUAUCGCACCCCUUUUCGCAUGUGAAAUAUUUUGGUCACUAGGAAAUGGUAUCAUAUUAACGUGUUUUCUGUUGGAAAAGUUGGGAAAACAACAAAAUCAUUGAUGACCUAAUUUUAUAAUAUUCUAUUACUUUGAGAAUAUAAAGACUUUGAAAUGUGUUUUUGACCAUUUUUUCGUCAUCUUUCUAUUCAUGUUCCCUUUGGAAGGAUGUUGCAAACUUUUUGAGCAUAUGAUAUUAUUUUCUGACGUGUAUGAUGCGUGCAUUCAGGAAUACAAGGCCGAUCAGUGAAACAAUCAGUCACUACCUAUAAAACACAUGUUUUAAUUAAACUUGAAAACUUGAGCAUUCGACUUAAGUGAAUAUUUGACUUGUAGAAGGUCGACUUCGGCAUAGUUUCCUGUAUUUUUGUGAAUGAACACAGAUGGCCAUAACUACAUGUAGAGUGAAUCAUAGAACUUGCAGGAAUGGAAUCACAUGUCACCUGGGAUCUCAAAUUGUUAAAUAAUUUUUUUUUUCCUUUUGCUUUCCAUACAUAACAAAAUGAUCAAGUGAUGAACUGUUGGAAUCACAGGUCUCCUCCCAACAAAAUUUGCCAUUCCAAAGUUAAAAGAAUUAGAGUGCAUAAUAUAUACCGUGUUCUUUACCUGAACUUUUAAUAUUUUUUGAGGUACAAGGUUUUUUUUACCAGGAAGGCAACGUUUAGAUUUUUGUUUUUUGUUUGUCAACUAUGAGCAUGUGUGUGUAUUGGCAGUACUGGAUCUUUGAAUGACAAAUGAUACUUGAACAAGCAUUUCGAACAAAGAUAUGAGGGGAUUUUUUUUGCUUUAAACCUGUUUUUAUGGAAUUUUUUCAUUGUUUGCUGAAAUUUUUGUACGAUGUCAGUACUCUUUGCAUGUGAUGUCAGUUUAAGAAAGUGUUUUUGUGUGAUAAUGAAGAUAUUAUGCAUCUUGAAUUGGUACAAUCUUUUUUGUGAAAUCAAAUGGUUUAUGGAUUAUGAAAUAUAUGAAUAGGGCUCCGUAAGUCCAGUUUAAUAGCCACAUGUAUCAAAGCAACAUCUAGUAGUAGUAACGUAUAGUAGAAGCAAAAAUAAAUGUUAAGGUUAUGUCUAUUAUAGCUCAUGAAUCAAUCUGGUAUGUUUUACUAGUGUGGGGGCACAAUGUUGCAAGUUUGGUAUGGUAUAAUUAUCACCUGGCCUGCUGUAAAAACCAUGAUAUGGUGAUAUAUCAUCUGCAGUGAACAAUUGUCAAGCGAUUUCUAAAAAUGUGUAUGUCAUACCACAUUUUUCAGCUAUGACUAAUAAGCAGAUGUGGAGAUGGGGUUUAAGGUGUUGAAAUGUUUUAAGACUGAAAUGAUCUCGGUAAAAUAUGUACCAAAAAAUUGAUUCUAACAGAAUGAGAGGUAUAACAUAUCUCUAUCAAGUGUAUAAUCAACAAAGUCAACACCUGAACUUCUGUUUGACAAUAUGGAAGUCAUUUAUUAUCUAAAUCUAAAAUAAAAUGAUAACAAUAGGCAUUUAUAUAGCGCCAUCUGUCUAGAAAUAUUCUAUUCCGAGGCGCGUUAUUAUCAUUAGUUCCCCGACUUUAGCUCGAGCUGCCUUUCAGCGCUCAUGCAUUCAAGGAUUUAAUCCUGCCGGGUACCCAUUCUUCUUGCCUGGGUUGAGUGCAGCACAUUGUGGAUAAAAUUCUUGGUGAAGGAAAUAAGUGUAUAAUCAACAAAGUCAACACCUGAACUUCUGUUUAACAAUAUGGAAGUCAUUUAUUAUUAUCUAAAUCUAAAAUGCAAUAACUAAAAUAAGGUUUGCUAUACACUUUGCCAAAGAGCACCCAGUAGGCAGACCACAUGGGUGGCCCAGCGCAAUGGCAUGUGACAUUCAGAGACCAUUCCUGCCAGAAGAAUUCCAAACAGUACAGUAUACCUUAUAACAAAAUCAUUAAAUCUUUAAUAAAUUACUUUUGAAACCUUUGCCAUCCCUGACUGGCACAAAUGAUUAUACAAAAAAUGAUUGAAUUUGUAGUAAAUUUGAUAAUUUUAAUUGACGAU